AUGUUGAGAAGGAUAUUGCAUUAUAACCGCCUGCGUGCGGAUAAUUCCCGUGUAAUAAUGCCACAUUUUUCAAGACGGUGGUAUGCUUCUGAUCCAAUAAAGAAUACUAAGGAGCUGGAAUCACCGGAGCGUUUGAUUAAGAGAUCUAGCAUGGCUGCUGAGCCGUUAGAUUUUUCUAAUAACGCGCCUGUGAAUCGUGUGAAGAAAAGACCGCUGCUGUCAGAUUCCAAGUAUGAAUCCAAGGAAUAUCAGCUGCCCAAGUGGAAAGAAGCGUUUGCUGAAUUAGUGUUGCGUGUAUUUAGGUUGGAUAUGGAUAAAAUUAGGGCAGGUCCAGUUUCAGGUUCUUACUACUAUGCUUUAUGUAAGGAGCAGGGGUUGCAGUUUGAGAAUGAGCCUUUGUCUAAAACAGCGCGAUUCUUCUAUGAAGAUUUGAAGUUACCACGUACCUUUUCUCAAUGGUUCCAGAUUGCGAUAUUGCAUGAAUGGCUGCUUUUUGUACGGAUGAGAGGGAUGCCCUUCAAAUAUGGGAAAAAUUAUCAGCAAAAAUUGGUGGAUAGAACAUUUUCCGACAUUGAACUGAGGUUAGUUGAAGAAAUGAAUGUAAAUUCUGGAAGAAUUAGGGACCAAUACUUGAAGGAUUUCCAUUCCCAAUUGCGUGGUGCCGUUUUAUCCUAUGAUGAAGGGUUCUUCACGGAUGAUGCUACCUUGGCCGCUGCUUUAUGGAGAAAUUUAUUUGGUGGUAGGAAAAACGUGGAUAUAAUCCACUUGGAAGCUAUGGUAAGAUAUGUACGUUCACAGUUGUAUGUUUUAAGCAAAAUGUCAGAUCGUGAUUUUGCUUUGGGCAAUUUCAAAUUUGUUCCACCUGAUGAGGCUGUCGAAUUGCUGACUCCAACUCAGGAAGGUGAGAUUAGAAAAAAGGUCAUUGAGAAGUAUGAGCUAAUUGACAAGGAUCCAAAUACGUUACCAAGUCAAAGGAGUAAAUUAUCUUAUAAAAACUGA